AUGCGUAUCUCCGGCGCCCUCCUCCUGGUCCUUGCUGCCAUCAACAUGGCCAAUGCAGGCGUGAUCGACUCGGUCGACCAGCCCAAACACAAGCUCGUCCGUGUCAAGAACGGCGGCGCGCACGUCAACGCUCUCAACACUGCCAGAGUCGACCUGACCCGACAGCACAGUGCCGCCGUCGCUGCUCGUGACACUGCCAACGUCGAUGCCGCCGGCGUCGCCCGCGCCGACGUGAAGCUCAAGCACGUGGCCAGCUACGUCCACACUCUGUCUGCUUCGCUCGAGAGCGAGGUCAAGCUCGCCGAGGAUGUGCUCAAGAUUACCGACCUUCAGAAGGCCAAGCUCAGCGCCGGGAAGCUGCUCGAGAAGGUCGAGGCUACGCUUUCGGCUGCUGUGACCGAUCUGCACGGUUCGACCCAGGCUGUCCAGGCUUCCGCUUCGGCUGGCGCUCAACGUCGAACGAUUCUCCUCGCGAUCGCCCUGGUCCGCGUCGCCGAGGUGAUCCUCAACAGCGCGAUCCCGGGCGUCACCAACUUGGUCACGCUCCUGCGCGGACUCAACGUCGAUCAGGUGCUGGAAGGCGACGUGGUCUCGUUGCUCACCGAUGUCAAGAGCCUCCAGGCGAUCCACGAUGUUGCCAACGUCGACACGGUCCUCAGCUCGAUCCUCGCCAUUCCUGCCUCUGUACCGCUCAUCGAGCUCCUCGCUCAGCUCGAAAACCCGGAGUCCUUCCUCAAGGCUCUGACGGACAUCGACAGUCUCACUUCGCUCAUCGCCGCUGCUCCGGGUGGCAUCGACGAGAUCGCCAAGCUCAAGGGAAGCUCCAAGCUCGUCUCGUACAUCAAGACGUACGGCAUCGAUCUCGUCUACCGCUUCCUCUGCGUCAGUCACGUUGACGACGUCCUCAAGACCAUCCUUGCUGUUCCGGGCUCGGUGCAGCUGAUCCAGUCGUUGAGCUCGAUCGCCGACGUGCCUGCCUUUGUUUCGGGCCUCACCGUCUGUGGCGUCGUCUCGUUCGUCUCGUCGAUCAAGGCGGUGGAGGAUGUCGUUCAGCUCGCUUCGACUGUUGCUGGCCUCGUGGGUGGCGGCGUGUCCAAACGCGACGAGCUGCUCGACGGCGUCGACACCACGCUUUCCAACGUCGGCAGCACGAUCUCGGGCGUACUCGGAAACGGCAAUGUCGUCAGCGAUGUCGAUGACACGGCUGGCGGCUCGGUCGAUGGACUGCUCAAGCGUGAUGGUGAUCUGGUGGACGUUGAGAACCUUGUCGCUUUCUCCGGAGCUCGCGCUGGCAACGUCGCUCAGAUUGUCGGUCGCGACGCCGCCCUCCUCCCUCGCACCAGCCAGACCAUCACCCUGCUCUCCGACUCGAUCGACCAACUCUACACCUCGACCGCCGAUCUGCUCACCACCGUCGUCCGCCUCGCCGACGCCAUCACCGACAACGACGUCUCCAAGGUGGUCAAGACCCAGAUCGUUCCCCUCGCCGGCAUGGUGGGUCUCGAACUGGCCUCCUUCGUCCACACCGCAGCCCCGACGCUACAGAACAAGGUCAAUUCCAUCGUCGACCUCGUCGGCAAGGUCGACAAGUCUCUCCCUUGA